CUCCUCUCUUCCCCACCUCUACACCAUUUCUCCAGCGACUUCUCAAAAAUCAAUCCUUGAUUCCGCAUUUACCAACACUUUGGUUUUUCUUUUGAGGUAAGCAUGGGGAGAAAGGCUGGAAAUUUGUAUAUAAACCCGAAAAAGCUCGGUGGUAUAGCAAAACCGUGUAUGAAGGAGAUGGUAUCGUUCCUCAACUGUAUGGCUCUCAAUAAAUGCAAAGAUGAUAACUGUGAGAAACAGAAGAACCUCCUGAGCGUUUGUAUGAACGGACAUGCGGAGAAGUCCAAGUCGUGGGGAAACAUUAACUACCAUUUGCAGAGGCUAACCCGUGGAAGAAAGUAAUGUGGCAUAUGGAUCUUGUUGUAUCCAUAGACUGAUGGGUCAAUAGGUAGUUAUAAUGCUCUUAUUGAUUUCUACGUUUCUCUCCCUUUGCUUUUUGGGUACUUCAUAUGUAGAAUUUGUUUGGCAUCUAGAAUAAACUUUGGACACAUUGUUCACUUAAAGAAAAGGAUUUGGUCUCUUUGUUUUUGCAAUAAACAUGUCUUUCGGCAAAUAGGUUCAUGAG